AUGAAGGAAAACUUUAUGAUUGUCCAUUUACAACAUAUUUGCACUCAGUGCCAUGAAGUGAUAUUAUCUGGAAGCACAUGGUUUUGCAGCCACUACAAAAAUAUUCAACUAUGUUCAAGAUGUUUUAAUGCUGAGAAGAAUCUUUCUAGGUGUGAAAUGCACACAUGCCAUUCUGGUGAAAACAAUCUACUAUAUGAGGUUAUGGUGAAGAAUAUGAUUGUUGAUACCAAAGAUAAAGAUGAUGUGUUUGUGAACAGUUUCUUUGAGACUCCUGAUGCCUUCUUAAACAAAUGCCAGAAAUCCCAUUUUCAGUUUGAUACAUUAUCCCAUGCCAAAUAUUCGUCUAUGAUGAUCUUGCUAAGUUCAACAGAAACAUGGUCUGAAAAUAAUGUUCUGAAGUUAGUUGUUGCUGUUGAAUCUGAUAUAAUACAUCCAAUUGGAAAAGCUAUUCGGGAAGCUGCUAAGGUUGCUAAAUGUUCCAAUGUAAAGGCUGAUGAUGGAACAUAUAUGGAGGAACCUGGUUCAGGUGCAGUAGCCUCAAUUGGGAAGAAGAUAGUUUUUGUUGGGACAUUGGAAUGGGUUAGAAGAGCAAGCAUAAGUUGUGAAUUCAAGUCAUUACUUGUCAUCCACGCUCAGACAGCAGUCCAGUACACCAGGUGGCAAACCAAUGACAUGGAGGAUUUUUUUUGA